GUCUACCGCUCUAGCCUUUUUCCUGUCGCCAUGGUGCUCGGAGUCGCAGCUGCUUCUCAGAAGAAGCCGGAAGUGGCUGUACUCGGCGGCGGCAUCCAUCCUUGGUCCCUCCAUGGCCCCGGGCAGGAGGGAGCCCGCCAGUCCCCGGGUCGAGAGCAGUGACAGCAGCGGCAGCACGACGAGGCGGAGGCGGCGAGGAGAGCGGUGACCGCCGCUGGUGCUACCCACCCACCCCAUCACCAUUUCUUCCUGCCUGGGCUCGGCUGCCGGCCAUGGGCUCCUUCUUCCGCAGCGAGGCGAUGUGCCUGGCCCAGCUCUUCCUGCAGGCGGGCUCGGCCUACGAGUGCCUCAGCGUUCUGGGCGAGCGCGGCCUGGCCCACUUCAGAGACCUCAAUCCAAGCACUAGUGUGUUCCAGAGGAAAUAUGUGGGUGAAGUGAAGAAGUGUGAAGAAAUGGAGAGGAUUCUAGGAUACUUGGUACAAGAAAUUAAGAAAGCAGACAUCUAUCUUCCAGAAGGAGAUACUACUGCUGUUGCCCCUCCAUUUAAGCAGAUGUUGGAGAUCCAGGAGCAAUUGCAGAAGCUGGAGAUGGAGUUGAGAGAAGUGACAAAAAACAAAGAAAAGCUGAGGAAAAACCUCCUGGAACUGACAGAAUAUACUUACAUGCUGCGGGUCACUCGAUCCUUUGUCAGAAGAACAGCUGAGUUUGAGUCCUGUUUACAGACGAACUAUGAAGAAUUCCCAUCUUCAGAAAAUGAGCCUUUAGCGGACUACAACUGCAUGCACCGGCUCGGGGCCAAACUGGGAUUUGUAUCUGGCUUAGUUGACAGAGCAAAAAUGGAAUCCUUUGAAAAAAUGCUGUGGCAUGUCUGCAAGGGAUAUACGAUUCUUUCUUAUUCCGAACUGGAGGAGUAUCUGGAACAUCCUGACACAGGAGAACCUACCAAGUGGUUUGUUUUCUUAAUAUCCUACUGGGGUGAACAGAUAGGCCAGAAAGUUAAGAAGAUAUGUGACUGCUAUCACUGUCAUAUCUACCCCUAUCCGAGCACUCCUGAGGAACGCCGAACAGUUAUUGAAGGACUCCAAGUUCGCAUUCAGGAUCUUAAUAUUGUGCUGCGUAAAACAGAAGAUUAUUUACGGCAAGUGCUCUGUAAAGCGUCUGAAUCCAUCUACACCUGGGAUGUCCAAGUGAAGAAGAUGAAGGCCAUUUAUCAUGUGCUCAACCUCUGCAGCUUUGAUGUCACUAACAAAUGCCUGAUUGCGGAGGUCUGGUGCCCAAUGGCUGACCUGCCAAAGUUGCGCCGAGCCCUCGAGGAAGGAUCUAGAGAAUGUGGUGCUUCAGUGCCUUCUUUCAUGAACAUGAUACCAACCAAGGAAACUCCCCCAACUUUGAUACGCACCAAUAAAUUCACCUCUGGAUUCCAAAACAUUGUCGACGCAUAUGGAGUUGGGAGCUAUAGGGAAGUUAAUCCAGCCCUCUUCACCAUCAUCACCUUCCCUUUCUUAUUUGCCGUCAUGUUUGGAGACUGUGGGCAUGGCUUCAUCAUGUUCAUGUUUGCUCUGUUCAUGGUAUUGUAUGAAAAACACCCCAGACUGCAGCGAUCGCAAGACGAGAUCAUGAAGAUGUUUUUUGAAGGGCGAUACAUUAUCUUGUUGAUGGGUCUGUUUUCUGUGUACACGGGCCUGAUCUACAAUGACUGCUUUUCAAAGUCCUUGAAUAUAUUUGGUUCCAGUUGGAAUAUUUCAGGAAUGCGCAAAGAGUGGCGUUUUCCAGAGGAUUUGAAUAAUCGUUAUCUGACUGUCAAUCCAAACGUGACUGGAGUGUUCCAGGGGCCUUAUCCUUUUGGCAUAGAUCCGAUCUGGAACCUGGCAAACAAUCGUCUUAGUUUUUUAAAUUCCUUCAAAAUGAAAAUGUCUAUAAUUAUUGGAGUGAUCCAUAUGACUUUUGGAGUUCUCAUGGGGGGAGUUAAUCACUUGCAUUUCAGGAAGAAGUACAAUAUUUAUUUGGUGUUUAUUCCUCAACUUCUGUUCAUGCUGUCCAUCUUCGGAUACCUUGUGUUUAUGAUCAUCUAUAAGUGGCUCGCUUAUUCUGCUGAAAACUCCAGAGACGCUCCCAGCAUUCUGAUUGAGUUCAUUAACAUGUUCCUGUCUCCUGCCAGCGGAGAAUUCAAAUUUUAUACAGGACAGAGGAUUGUGCAGAGGCUUUUAUUUGCUGUUGCAAUACUCUCCGUUCCUGUGCUGCUUUUUGGGAAACCACUCUAUUUAUACUGGCUGAACAACGGAGGCCAAAGCAUUGGGUCAUACAGAAAGGGCUACCGGUUAGUCCGCAAAGAAAGCGAAGAAGACAUGGUCCUCUUGACUCGUUCUCUGGAAGAGGGAAGCAGCUCAUUGGACAGCAGGCACAAAGAGGACAAGAAAGAAGAGUUUAAUGUUGUAGAUGUUUUCAUGGAUCAAGUUAUCCAUACUAUUGAAUACUGUCUUGGAUGCAUCUCCAACACAGCUUCGUACCUGAGGCUUUGGGCUCUGAGUCUUGCCCAUGCACAAUUAUCAGAAGUGCUCUGGGAAAUGAUCAUGAGAGUGGGCCUUCGUGUGGACGCAACCUAUGGGAUCAUGUUGCUGGUUCCGGUUUCAGCCUUUUUUAUGGUUUUAACAAUAUUCAUUCUCUUAGUCAUGGAAGGCCUUUCAGCUUUUCUACAUGCUGUACGACUUCAUUGGGUAGAAUUUCAGAACAAGUUCUAUGCAGGUGAAGGAUACAAGUUCACGCCUUUCUCCUUUCAAGAGAUUUCUUUACAUUUUAAUAGAUAUGUUGCAUAGCUUGACUGCUGUGGCCAGCCUGUUUCUUAAGUCAUUUUCUGAAAAUCAUGUACUUAGAGAUGUCAUUCCUGUACAGCUCAUUGGUGGAGAGUAAAUGGGCAUUUCCCCCAUUGAUUGCCUUAUAAUGCAACCAAAUAAUAUUGUAAUAUAUUAAAAUAUAUACCUCUCAGUUGGAUGCUGCAAAUAUGGGGCCUGUUAUAGAACAGGCAUAAAAUAUACAUCGUGUUUCCCCCACCGUGAAUGCACAUAGAUUCAAUUCUUAAGACUGAAACUGAACAUCUGAUUCCUGCUUAUAAACAAUGCUCUAUUUUUAAAGUAGUUUUAUUUUCUUUAACAAACAGUUAUUUUCCUUUGUCAUUACCACUAUUACCAAACCCUCUUCAUGAAAGUUCAUAGCUGUGGAUAUCGGGCAACAGUUGGGAACAAAGAGUGAGUGUGUGUAUGUGUGUGUGUAUGUGUUCAGUAUUUCUAAGGAACUGUGAAAGCUUUCUGUUAGGUGUCUCAGAUUUUAUUUUUAAACUUCUUCGCUCCAGCCAGAACAAAAGUUAGUUUAAUUUUUGCCAUUCCACAUCCCAGAUCUUGAACUGAAUGGGACAGAAGAGGGCCCUGGCUUUCUGUUUGCCAGCAUGGUGUAACACACACAGGCCUACCUACACAAUCUUGCUUCCAGGAUCAUUGCUUGAAUUAAUUUUGCAAGGUGUUGAGUAUUCUAGCUGAGUUUCAGAUAGUACUUUAAGUGCGUGCUUAAUUGAAAACUUGUUUCCCUGAAAUUAAGCAUGUACUUAAGUGUGUAUGUGUAUGUGUGUGUAUGUAUGUAUAUGCACACAAACACACACACAUAUAUACAGUAUUGUAGUUUGGAUAUCCAUUGCCUUGUUGGACAACAAACCACUUGAGUUAGGACAGAUUCUCCUGAAUUCCAGCUGUACACUCCUUGUAUCCAUUUUGUAUCCACUAGUGGAAGUUAAUACUUGCAAAAUCAGGUUCUGUUUUGCUUUUGGCAUGGUGACUAAUUUGGUAUUGAAUGCAACUGCUCAGUGAAGAUAACUGUCUCAAGACUUUUUUUUAAAUCUCAAAAAUCAAAAUGGAGGUAUCUUACCACAAAUAAUUUUAUAUAAGUGCCAAUGGAAUAACUCUAACCUUCAUUCUUUCAUACAGUACUCAUCUUAAAUAAAGGCUAACUGCUUGUUUUUGAGAACAGA